AUGUUGGACGCAUCAAGUCUGACGCUGAAAAUGGAGCUUCCCUCUCAACCAAUCUAUGUGAUGAUUCCAUCACCCAAUGAAUCAAUUGAGAGCGACCGUCUCCUCCUUCGACCAAUCUGUGACACCGAUGCGGUCGCACUUUUAGCUAUUCGUUCCCGACCGGAAGUGGCGAAGACCAACUACCCCAAGGAGCCUUUCAAGUCCGUCGAACAGACACGCGAAUGGAUGUCGAGUAAAGUCUUUCUCGAGGGCCCAGCAGACAUCAUCGGGCGUUCCUUUAAUUUUGCCAUCCUGGAUAAGUCGAUCCCGGAAUCACAGGAGCAGCUCAUCGGCUAUGUCAGCGUGAACACCCUUGAUCCAUGCCCUGAAAUCGGAUACUCUCUUCUCCCCGAGUCAUGGGGCAAAGGCUAUGCCACGGAAGCGGUAGGAAUGAUGCUAAAAAAGUGGUGGGAUCUCCCAAGAAGGAAUAUGGUUGAAUUCAAUGAAAGUGAGGAGAAGAUCUACGCUAUCUGUGAAAAGGGUAAUAUUGGGAGCUCAACCGUCCUCCGCAAAUGCGGUUUCCAGGUCUUGUCGGAUUUUUGCUUCGGGUCAGAUGAGCUAUUCAUAUGGGCUUUGAAGAAGCCAUAG